AUGAGUCCAUUUAACGCUUUAUAUGGAUAUGAGGCCACCACAUUCAGAGAUUUGAUCACUCGGGGAAGCAAAGUACCAGGGGCCAAAGAUUUCAUCCAACAAAGCAUUGAUAUUAUGAACACUCUCAAAGACAAUCUUCACCAUGCUCAGAAUCAACAAAAGAUAUAUGUUGAUCGUAUGCGUGUGGAAAGAUCUUUCGAAAUCAGUGAUCUAGUAUUUUUGAGAUUACAACCAUAUAAGCAAUCCUCUCUUAAGGUAAGCAGUGCGGAGAAGCUAAAGACGAGAUUCUAUGGACCAUACAAGGUCGUAGGGAGGAUAGGCAAAGUAGCCUAUGAGUUAGAACUACCCAGGAAUAGCAGGAUUCAUAACAUCUUUCAUGUAUCCAUGCUUAAAAGGGUCAUUGGGCAACAAGUCAGUCCUUGUGUCGAAUUGCCGCCACUAGAUGAUGAAGGAAAAUUUAUUUUGGAACCUGAAGUGAUCCUGGAUAAACGUGAAAAAGGACUAAGAAACAGGACUAUUCCAGAAUACUUAGUAAAAUGGAAAGGUUUACCAAAAGAAGAUGCUUCUUGGGUAGGGGAAGAGUUCACUUCUCAUCCUAGAUUGCUUGAGGACAAGCAAAUUCAGGAGGGGUGGACUGUCACGAACCCAUAA